ACGGCUGCACUGCGGCCGGCCAGUUCUGGGUGGACGUCAUAUGACGUCCACCCAGAACGCGCCCGGGGGGGGCACCCGGCUCCGGUCACUGAUCAUCAGUGCCCUGAUGAUCAGUGCCCAGCAGUGCCACACACAAGUUCCGCCCACCUGUGCCCACCAGUGCCACCCACCUGUGCCCACCAGUGCCACCCACCUGUGCCCACCAGUGCCACCCACCUGUGCCCACCAGUGCAGCCCAGCAGUGCUGCCAGUCAGUGCCCAGCGGUUGUGCCAGUCAUUGCCCAGCAGUGCCGCCAGUCAGUGCCCAGCAGGGAUGUCAGUCAGUGCCACCUAUCAGUGCUGUCUAUCAGUACCCAUUAUCAGU